UUGCCUAUAAUUUUUUCUCAUUUUCAAUCCAUUUUCCCUCCCGCCGCUUCGACGCUUCAUACUCGUUAUAAAAGCUGAGGGGAGUGCACCGAGGUGGUUACUCCAUGUUUGCGCCUUUCCCAGCCACGACCACCUACCGCAUGAACAGUUAUCUUUUUCUGUUUCUCCUCGUUUUACUUGUUAAGCUCCUCUUCGGAAAGUUCAGAGCCCGUGUUCACGCCAACCAUUUUUCGUUGUUCACCGCCGGGACUUCGGAUUUCUGAAAAUAUUUUAAUUAAAAUCAUCUAGAGGCAUACCCAAGUCAAAGGAUGCCUCCAUUCUCGGCAAACCUGGACAGCAAUGCUGUAGCUAAACCAGCUCUUCACAAUCACGAUGAAGACCCUGAUAAUGGGAUGGAGAUGAAAUCUGCCGAUCGGCUGAGAUUCACCAAUGAAGAAGAUCAACCUUUGAGCUUUGCCUCACACAUGGUUUCUGAUGUCACAAAGAAAGUCAGCAGUUUACUCUCAACCCUAAAAUACGCCGCGCUGCGCCCUUACAUUGUUUUUUGGCAUGAGUUAUCGAUGGAUCCUCGAGUUCGGCACAGUCCAUGGUCACCAACCCCUCAGGGCGAGGUUAAAAUGUCCAAAAAUCAAAUUUCGAUCGUUCGACAAAGGCGAAUCUUCGCUCUCAUCGUCCAUGUGGCAGCCGUUGUCGGCCUCUACCACUGCCUCGUGGGCAAUGUUCGGCUAUUCACACUCUUGUGGGGGUUGGGUCUCGGGGUGGCCUCCUCGACAGCGGUGACGGCCGGGGCGCACCGUCUCUGGUCGCACCACUCCUUCAAGGCCACGUGGCAGCUCCGCGUGAUCCUCAUGCUCUUCCAGACGAUGGCCCUCGAGUUCAGCAUCCUCAACUGGGUGACCAACCACCGGGUCCACCACAAGUUCGUCGACACCGACGGCGACCCGCACAACUCCCGCCGCGGCUUCUUCUUCUCCCACAUCGGCUGGCUCCUCAUCGCCCCCCACCCGGACGUCCUCCGCAACCGCAAGCUCGUCCACACCGCCGACGUCCGCUCCGAUUGGGUCGUCGACUUCCAGACCAGAUAUUAUGUGUACUUGAACCUCAUCCUCUGUUACCUGAUCCCCACUGUAAUCCCCUGGUACUUUUGGGCUGAGGACUUUUGGGUGGCUCACUUCGUAGCCGGCCAUCUUCGUCAAGUGCUGUUUCUGCACGGAACGUUUACCAUCAACAGUCUCGCUCAUUUGUGGGGAUCGAAACCGUACGAUAAGAACAUCUGCCCGACGGAGAACAUGCUCGUGUCGGUGGCAUCGAUGGGCGACGGGUGGCACAACUACCAUCACGUCUUCCCGUGGGACUACAAGAACGCCGAGAAAUGGGACUACCGGCUCAACUUCUCAGCAGCUCUGGUGGACGCAUUCGCCAAGCUCGGCUGGGCCUACGACCUCAAGACGGUGCCGGAGCGUAUGGUGGCCGAGCGGGUCCUCAAAACAGGAGACGGGAGCCACCCCCUCAGCCAGGCCGCCCACAGUCACCCCAACGGCGAGGACGCAGUCUACGGCUGGAACGAUCUGGAUAUGCCCCAGGAGCACAGGGAUAUUGCUCUCAUCACCCACAAGAAGCAACGAUAGUACACCCAUCCUCUCCGCAUGCACUUUUUCAGGUACAUAUACUCCCGAACUAAGGGAAAACGCCGCAUGAACCUUUAGGCGUUGCCAAAUAUCCUUUGAUAAAACAAGAAUUUCCUGAUAAACAUACGAAUAUUUUUCUUCCAAUUUUUCAUAUAAUUUUGUUCGCAAU